AUGCGUGCGUUCAAGUCUUACGUCCUGCCGACGUUGUCAUACGGGGCAGAGAUCUGGGCGCCGCAGCUGAUUCUGCAGGGCAGGACGGCAUGCGAGCGGGUACAGCUGGAGUACCUGCGAGGGCUGCUGGGUGUGCGGGACAGCACCCCAGCCCUCACUGUGCUGGCAGAGACGGGGCAGCUGCCGCUGCCCGCCUACUGGACCUUGCAGGUUGCACGCUUUGUGAGCAACCUGCAGGCUAUGGGCGGCGAGCGGGUCGCCCGUCUUGCCAUGCUGGAUAGCGUUGCGCUGGCUGCCGACACGGACACAGGGCUGCCACUGGCCCGGCAGCCCUGGGCAGCGCAGGUUAGCCGCGUUCUCGCGGCGGCCGGCGCCCCCUGCGACUUGACUGCUGACGAGGGGGUUGCCAUACCUGAAUUGGCGGAAGCGCUCCUGGAGCGCCAUGUUGCCUCGUACACGCAUGCAUCCGUGAAGGUGCAGCGGUACAUUGAGGACGUGUGGGGGGGCAGCAUCUCUGCGGAGGCCUACACGCCUGCGUCGUUCCUGUGCGAUGUGCCCGAGCGCCGGCGCCGGGUGCGCCUGGCGCAGUGGCGCACGGGGUCGCACUGGAUGGCUGAGGAGACAGGCCGGUGGCAGCGGCUGGACCGCACCCAGCGCCCAUGCCCCCACUGCCAGGCCCCUCUAGAGGACGUACGCCACGCAGUGUAUGACUGUGGUAUGGCUAUGGUGUAUGACUAUGGUUUAGGCCGCGGCUAA